CUGUUUCUUAAGUUAUUAUCAAUGAACUAUUUCUUUCUUAAGUUAUUAAAUUUGUUUUUGCUUGAAUUUCCAUUGAGGAAUGCAAGUUCAUUCCCUUUUACCCUUUGAUUGCUAGGCUUAUUGUGAAUGGCUUAGGAAGAAUGGUCUUAAUAUCGCUCUUUUCGAAUGUGAUUUAUGAAUAUUCAUUAGUAUGUGUGGAUCAGAUCCUUUUCCAGCAGAAACACUUCCAGACACAUCUUACCAUGUAGUGCUCGUACCGGAGUAGUUUCUUUCCUUAGUAUUGGUGAGUUAAAUUUUGGUGAUUCCAUCCAGAAAUGUUUUACAGUUGAGUAUCUAAGUCUUUGCAUUGAGGGAGGCAGGAGCUUCCUAUCUGGAUUUGAAUUACCUGUACAUCCAUUCUACCUAUUUAACCAUAUAUAGUUGUUGUGUGCAGUUUUGAAUGGCUUGGAUGGCAACAAGGCCAGUUCAUAGUUACUCUAUUGUUAAGAAGUUUGUGCGUGUAUUUAUGUAUUACACUUACACAUCUGUUCUGUCCCUCUUGCAAUCUUAGCACGCUUUGCAAUCAGCCUAACUAAUCUACUAUGACAUAUCUUGAGAUUGGAAAUGUGAUACCAUUCAUGGCCUCUUUAAGAUGCAAUAUAAUUACUCUUACAUCGCUCCCCAAGUAUACCAAUGGGAGCAGCAAGUUUUAAAUAAUAGAGGGAAGUUUAUGCAGCACAGAUUCUGAAUGAGGUAUGGACACAGAUGGGGAA